AGGUGUGAAUUUUGAUAUCCUCCCUUGAUCCGCACACGUUCACUGCCAGUCACGUUUCAGCGCCAUUUUACAGCUUUGAACGUUCGCGCAUGUUAUGUUGCGGCGGUGGUAUUAUAGUUGCGAGAGAGAAAGACGGACAGAGAGAGGGGAAGAAAUUCAAAUGACUUCGAAAAUCGCAAUGUCGUUAUUCGCGCGAGCGUCGCUUACUCUACUCUCUGACAAUAUCCGGUAAUUAUUCCCCGGCGCCUCAAGAGCAGUUGACGAGUCUGCCCGUCGUUGUCCUGAUGUUUCUACUUAGGCAAGGUAGGUACGAGUAUCGUACUUUUAGCGAACUGAAAGCGCAUACUUAGACGGAGGACAUACACUAUACUGGUAUAUAUCUUUGUAACUGCAAGGCCGAUGGAGAGAAAAAGCGCGAAAUACCGACUCUUUGUUCUGGAUGAAACUAUUUACUUAUACUUGUUACUGAACACGUAUAUAGUUGUAGCAACGGAAAGGAUGUUAGAGACGGUUAGAAAGUAUUUGUACAAAAUAAAAACAUCUGAACAGAAUGACCGGCUUCGGCUUUGAAAAGAGAAACUUUUUCAAAGGUCGGUGGAAGGUGGUAUGCGUGGGUAACAACACAACAACAGCGCCAAAAUCAGCUGAGCAAAAAUGGAACAGCGCGGAAUCGUCCUACGAGCUCUCUACUCGGUCCUCCUUCUAUCGGCCACAAGCUCAGCCUGGCCGUUCUACCCGUUGUACCGCGAGAGCCGCGAUGUGUUCGACAACUCGGUGGACAGCGCGAACGGCUUGAUCGCCCACUUGUCCCACCUUGAGGGUCAACUCUACGGCCUGCCGGACAACCAAACCGGCGAGAAGGUCGCCCAGUGGCACGAGGGUAUGGGCGUCAAUCCCGAGGAGUUGGGCGAGUACGCCGAAGGUGAUAUACUCUAUCCGGCGUCUAUGGGACGCAAUGGUGUCAAAGCCGAGACUGCCAGGUGGCCGGGAGGCGUUGUACCCUACAUGAUCAGCCCAUUUUUCAACGAGCAGCAGCAAAGAUUGAUUCGCGAGGCGAUGGCCGACUACCACAAGAACACCUGCAUCAAGUUCAAGCCGUACACGGGUGAGGAAACCGACUACAUUCGCAUCACGGCCGGCAACACCGGCUGCUGGAGUAGCGUCGGUCGCAUCGGUGGUCCCCAGGACGUGAACCUCCAGGUGCCCGGCUGCGUCACCAAGAAGGGAACCGUCAUCCACGAGCUCAUGCACGCCGUUGGUUUCCUCCACGAGCAGAGCCGCUACGAGAGGGACGAGUUCGUCAGAAUCAACUAUCACAACAUUCAGCCGGGUCGCGAGGGCAAUUUCGAGAAGUCGCAGAGGAGCACGACGGACGCCUUCGGCGUCGGCUACGACUACGGCAGCGUCAUGCACUACUCGGCCAACGCCUUUUCCCGCAACGGCCAGCCCACUAUUGUCCCGAGGGGAGGCAACAUUGCUCUGGGGCAAAGGGAGGGCUUCAGCCAACGGGAUAUCCAGAAGAUCCGGAGGAUGUACAAGUGCAGCAGCAAGAGGAGGCGCAGCAGCAGCUUCUUCUUCUUUUAAAUCCACGUCGCUUCCAGGAAAAAAAGGGAAACAACGUAGAAGCUGAGAGAAUCAACUUACCAAAGCAGCAUUACAGAGCAUAAGUCGAACUAAUACCUGUAAUCGAAAUCGAACGUCUAUCCUAGUCUGUACUUUUAGUUCGUAAGUGUUUGCCAAUGUGUGCGUGUAGAAAUUUACUAUGUCUGCAUGUUUGGAUACAUCGAAUCGUUAUAAGGACCUCAGAAUCGAUUGGAUUCUGAUGUACUAGUCCUUGAUGAUUUCUUGAGUUAAUUCCAUUGUAAGAAUAUAAGGACAUAAUACUAAAUACACUUUUAUUGCAAUUGUAA